CAGUCUGUGAUCGGAAAACAUCGACAGUGCGACCAGCAGUACAGAACGGAAUACCUCUCGAACAGAUACGUAUCGCAUCCAUCGAAAGAGAUACGAAGCACGACGACAAUCGCAAGAUGGUUCUACAGCGGGAGUCAGAUGAGGAAAGAGAGGCGCGACAUGCAAAGAUUGAGGAGAUGAAGGACUACUUUGCGGGAACGUUCGUAGAGGAUUACCCAGUCUUUCAUACUCGAGGCCACCCUGAUCCUUGGAAUAUUGUGGAUUGGCUUUUAUCAUUUCACAACGUCGAAGAUCUCUUACUGGUCAAAAAUUUGCAUCCUUACGCGGAAAAUUCGAGAUACAGUCCCUGGAUAAAACGAAAUCACAUCUUCCUGAGAGAUAAAAUGUCAGGCGCGUUUUCAAUCUGGGGAGAUUGUGAUGCAUGGGUCAGUGACAGGCAUCGUUGGUUAAUAGACUACAAGGAAUUCGGCUGUGUUCGAACUUUGCUGUUCAUGCUACUCACGAUGCUUCAUAAUAUUGAGCCCGAGCACUUGAACAAGAAAGAACUUCUGAUUCCAAGUGUCCCUGCUGAUGCUUUAAUGAAGUAUAAGUUUGUUUCUCUUAUCCGCGACAAGCAAGCUGUUGAUAUUUUAAAUGAAUUCAUGGCUGUUCUCUGGGGCACGCGAACCUUGGAUGGUAGAAACGCAAGCGAGAGGGAGAGGACAAUGCUUGGCGAUAUUUGGAUGCGCCUUUAUCAGAGGAUUGAUGCCAAUAUGGCAACUAGAGUUCAGUUGGACCUUAUACGGCUUGCACUUUUGGCGGCCCUCCGCCAGUUUGCGAACUUUCUUCGCACGUCUUUGGAACGAGCGAGAGAAGCAAGAGGAACCUUUGAAAGGACUCGGAAUGAAGAAGAUUACUGGUUAGCUUAUUCGACUGAGAUGGAGUGGAGAGAGUCAUACAGAGCAACAUUCCGAGACAAGGCUUUGUUGGUGAGGUUUCUGGCUGGCCUGCGAGCAGAAUCGGUGGAGGCAAGAAUAUGGAGAUAUGUACAUGAGGAAUGAAUACCAAUAAAUACUAAGUACUUUGAAUUCGGGCU